AUGACACUGUGUUUUCAGAGAUAAUAUCACAGUUCAUUUUGCGACAAAUGCCAGAAGCUGAYUAUUCCAGUUUAUUCAAUGAUUUUGUUGAAUCUGAAUUUUUUCUGAUUGAUGGAGAUUCAUUACUUAUCACAUGUGUAUGUGAGAAAUCAUUACAGCCAGGACAGAAUCUCCAUUUUGUCUACCUGGUGGAACGCUAUCUCAUGGAUCUUAAUAGUAAAGGAGGGCAAUUUUCCAUAGUUUUCUUCAAGGAUGCUGAGUACGCAUAUUUCAACUUCCCUGAACUUCUUUCUUUGAGGACCGCUUUAAUUCUUCAUCUUCARAAAAAUACCACCGUCAAUGUUUGCACUAACAUUUCUGGAUGCUUAUCAAAUGAGUGGAAAAUUUUCUUGRAAGAGAAUUGCCCAUAUUUUCUGGUAGUCGCAGAUGAAGGCCUGAACCAUCUGCAAACAGAUCUUUUCAACCUUCUCAUCAUUCRGUCCUGGUCCAUGGAGGUCAACRUCGUGCUUUUCUCAGGCCAGUCAUCUGAUAUUCUCCGACUUUAUGGCUACCUUAUGCCAAGCAACUAUAGGAAUCAGAUGUUUUUUWGGAAGAAUUCAAGGAACAUUUUCAAGACUUACAAAACCCUGCUUAAACAAUUGGAAAAAUGCAGAGUUUUAGCCUUAGAACCUSUUUUGGGAAAUUUAAAAUGGGAAAAGAUGAUGAAAGAG